GAAGUGGAGGCAAAUUCUAAAUGCAAAUCGGGGAUGGCUUUACAGGCCUGCUUCGCCCUCUCGUGCCAAGGUCCUUACGUCCAAAACAACGGCCCCAAAUCUGUUUUUUCUUUGCCCAGAACCUUGCUGCAUUCAAUUUCAUUACCCAGAGCUUCCUGUCCUAAUAGAAAAGAAGCAGUGAUAUUGUCAUUUUGUUGGAGCAAGAGAAAGCUAAUUCUAGCACUAUCCAUUAAUGGAUCUUUACUAAAUAUUAUUCCUGACACCAUUCUGGCUAUAGAGAUGGGGGAGCUUGAGAGGUACACGGAUGCCAAGGAAGGCUUCACUCUCCUCAGGCCUUCUACCUAUGUUAAGGUGGAUAAAGCAGGAGCAACUGUGCUGUUUGAAGAGGUUAACAAAGGAAGUAACAAUAUUGGGGUUGUAGUGAACCCAGUUCGUCUCGCCACCCUUGGUGAAUUUGGGACUCCUCAGUUUGUUGCUGACAAGCUUAUCCAAGCUGAAAAGCGCAAGGAAAGUACAAAGGAUGUGGAGUUAAUUGGAGUGGCUGAGAGACCAGGCCAUGGGGGACUACAAGUGUAUGAAUUUGAAUAUAGAGUUGACAGCACAAGAGGAGGGGUGAAGAGGAUCUUCUCUGCUGCAUUUGUGGCCUCUAAGAAGCUUUACCUCCUAAACAUCACACACUCGGACAAACCAGAGAGUCCUCUUGACCCACACACAAGAAUGAUGUUGGAAGAAGUGCUUCAUUCAUUUGAUGUACCAUAUAUAACGUGAUUUGUACCACAUGCUUUCAAAAUAGUAUCCUUAUACUGUGGGUUUUCUGCUUGAGAAACCUAAGGUAACCUUUUGUGCCUACCCCUUUUAAAUUUCUAUCAAGUUAACAGAGCAUUCUUUGCAGGUCUAAGGACAUUCAUUGCACUUUUGCAUUUUAAAUGGAUAGCUUCUGUUUUAUUUCA